AUGUUUGGGCGAGUUCUCUCUCCUUCAACUCAAACUACAUAUAAUGCGGAUUAUAACCGCAAGCCAAUUAAUCGCGUACGUGGCAUAAAUCUUUCUACAAAAGUAACAACAGGAAAUCAUUACUCAGCAACUCCACAGACUUUAUAUCAAUCGGAUACAGCCUCUCCAGCAGAACUUCGCACAACUCUCAGACAGUAUACACGCCCACCAAACGCCAAGCAAGAAUUAUAUAAGCUUCCACCAGCCUACGAUAGCACUGUAAGACCAGAUCUCGUUACUAAUACUCCAAAUACAGAUUAUCAACACUGCUUCGGCCAAUGCGGUCAGAAGGCUGAUGUCAAGCAUUUGGCAUGGACACCACGUCAUUUGAGCAAGCAAACCCAAGCAGAAUGUCUUGGAACAACCAAAAAGACAUACCACCCACCAGGUUACGAAGGCUAUAUUCCAUAUGAUGGCGUCCAUAACCGCGGUAAGAAAGUUCAUGAAGAUCGUACACUUAUUGAUUAUACUUGGCAAUAUCAUACACAUACUACAGGAUAUGGUGGUUACACACCAUUUGUCGGUAUGGAUAGUGAUCUCUCUAAUGUCAAGAAGACACCAACAACUUACCGUGAUCUCUGUGCUGCUGUUAAAUGGGACAAAUAA